ACAGACUGUGUCGGUCACCAUGUCACUCCCGGCCCCCACCCUUCCCCUCUCCUGAUUUUUAUUUUUAAGUCACAAAACGUAAACAUUUAACCGGGAAAAAUAAUAAGCAAAGGUACAGCAGGAUGGUGCGGCUCAGAGUCAGAUGCCGUUGUGUUACCCUAGCAAUUUUAGUCUCACAGAUUUUUGUGGGAAUUUGGUUCUUCUCACGUCACCUUGAUCCAUCGAAGGAGUUCCUCAGGCGCUUGUUGAAUGAAGGUGGGCAGAGCAUUUUGCACUUAACAGAUCAACAGAUGUCCAAUUAUUAUUAUCUCUUUGGUAAAGACAUAUGUGUAAAAGCAGGGACACUGGCAGAAAAGAGCUCUGAAGGUAAUUGUGUGUGUAAAACUGGUUGGUCAGGGCGAAGGUGUGGGCUUCCUGGAAUAAUACAGAGAACUGAGUGGAUGCAAAAUCCAGAGCUCUCAAAAAACUUACAGCUGAAAAAGAGAGUGCGGCGAGUAAUUUUGGUGACAUCAUUUUCUUAUGAAUUUGAUAUUUUUGAGAUAAAUGUAAAAGAGCUUCAUGAGCUUGUAGAUGUGUUUGUUAUUGGAGAAGCUAACUGCACAUUGUGUUAUACAAAGAAUUCUCUCUCUCUCUUUAAUAAACUAAAAGAUGGCUGGCUUAAAGAUUUUCAAAGCAAGAUUAUAUAUGUACCUGUCCAUGAUAAAGAUUUAAAAAAUGGUUCCUUUAUGCAAAAUCUUGUUCAUUCUGGUCUACGGUUAGUGAGCGAUGUCCGCCCAGAUGACCUGCUCAUUCUGACCUCUGGUGAAGAGAUCCUUAAUCGUGAUAUAGUUGGCUUUUUAAAACUUUUCCAAGGAUAUCCAUUGCCAGUUAUGUGUCAGUAUAGGAAUUAUCUUUAUGGGUUUUACUGGCAAUGGAUAGUAGGUGACUCGAAUAUUACAAGACCACAAACUUGUGCAGUAUCUUUCCAGUUCUUAGCCAAUGCCUUUGAAUAUCAGGUGCCUCGGCUACGAACAGGAAAAAUUCUAGAAGAAGAUCUGAAUUUUUUUACCACCAAUGAACAACCAGUUGCUGAAUGGACAAUUUCAAAAGCUGGAUGGAGAUGUCAUUUAUGUCUUUCUGUUCAAAAUAUUUUCAAUAAAUUCAUGGACUACCCACAAAACCUUCGGCCUAAAUGGUUCACAGAGUCUUCUUCCAACAUGCUGCCUUUUAUUCAGCGUCUAAUAAAGUUUGGGCAAGAUGAAAAUCUUGAUCCUGUAGGACAAGCUGAGCUUCCACGGAAAGAAAACUUACCUUCAUACUUGUGGAGCAACAAAGAAAACUUUGUACAAUUGGUAAAAAACCCAUAUGAGACAUUGUCCAUCCAUAAUGUUGUUUAGUGCCUUGCCUUUCAUACUUCGUGCCAAAUGAGUCUGAAAGGAGAGAGCUUGUUUUGUGUAAUGCACUGAUACCUGAUGAUGUAUUCCUACGUGGCUUCUGAUAUUGCCCAAUGUAACUUUUCUAGCAAAAUAUACUUUUAUAUACUCUAUAGGUUAAUUGUACAUAAGGCAUAAAAUUAUGAUUUUUGAGAUAGACUGUACAUAAAUUUAUCUUGUUUUGCUGUAGCGAAACUUUUUAAUUAAUUUGAGACGAAUAUAAACACGGCAUAAACUGUUGAUAAUCACUUAAACUAUAAAUACAUGUACAGUAAACUUUCUUGUUAUUGCACCAAGUGUGUUGUUACAGGGUGUAUAUAUUUUCAUAAAAGGUAUAUUAAAUAAUUAAAUAUUUUAGUGCAUUUACAUGGCUAAACACAGGAAUUGUUAGCUUAGGAUAUGCAGUCUAUUUCUGAAUGAGUUUUGAUUUUUGUAACCUCAAGGCUCUUGAUAAACUAAAACUGAUCAAUUCUUUGUACAGUCUAUUGAUUUAGAUCUUUCUGGGUUGAAUGUUGGUAAGCUUCACCUGUUCUGUCAAGAGUUCUGUUUAAUUGCAGAUCAUUAGUCAACUCUUUUGUAAUAGCUGCAGUCACUCCACAAAAGAGGAGAGAAGUAGGUAAAUGACAGUUAUAUUUAGUAUUAUAAAGAAUAUAUUUGGUGAUACUGUACUCACCUAGUUGUGCUUGCGGGGGAUGAGCUCUGGCUCUUUGGUUCCUCCUCUCAAUUGUCAGUCAACUGGUGUACAGAUUCCUGAGCCUACUGGGCUCUAUCAUAUCUACAUCUGAAACUGUGUAUGGAGUCAGCCUCCACCACAUUACUGCCUAAUGCAUUCCAUCUGUUAACUACUCUGUAUGGCUAUGCUCAUUACUGUUUCCUGUGUAACUAAACUGCUUCCUAAAGUUAAUCCAGAAUCUGCAUAGAAGAAUUUUAUGGUGACAGUGAAAAUAAUAACCAUUUUGAGAUUUAAUAUCAUGAGCAUUUAUACAUUAGCUCCUACACUACACACCUGUUGUGUAAGACUUCUCUUGAGCACAUAAAAGAAAUUGUUCUGAUUUUUUUUUUGUUAAUUUGACAUUGUUAAUUAUCAUCAAGAAGCCACAAAAAUCCAAGUAAAAAGUCUCUUAUCUCUUGUGGUUUAGCUGCAGUUGCCUGGAGAAGUUGCUUUUUUUUCCAGUAAAAAUAAGGUGAGGUGCCGCUCAGGAAUAACUUUGUCAGUUUAUUUUCAUUCUUUCUCACUUUAUUAAUUUACUUUUUCAUUCUAACAAGAUAUAUGGAUCUGUCAGUAGUGGUGUUCAUUAUGUAUAACUUUAAAAUAUACAUAUGAACAUAUAUAUGUAUAUAAAUAUAUGCGCACCAUGUAUUUAUUCAUACUAAUUUACAUACACCGUAUUUGCCGGCAUAAAAGGCACACCUCCGCAUAGAACACCCCCUAAUUUACAAGGAUAUUUUGUGGAAAAAAAACAUUCUAGUACAUUUCAUCAUACAUUUAUUGAAAGAUAUUUUAAAGUGGAUUUUGUACCCCAACUCUUUCCUCCUUUAAGAUCAGCUGUAUAGUUUUUUAUAUUUUGGGCAAAAGAAUUGCUAUACAGGAUGUGAAACUUGUAUUUCUGGAUGUGAUGUUUUGUGUCGCCGCAUCAGGCCAACAGGGCGGCACACCCGGUGGUGGCGCACCAUCACAGCGCUCUGGUUUUGUUGUUAUUCAAGCAUUGCAAUUGACUGACAGGCGGAUGAAAGUUUAACAUUCCUUUCAAAUUUCUAGGAGUAUUUUUCAUUUAGAUAAUGAAUAAAUGUAUCUUAGAAAUAAUCGUAUCGUUAAAUAAUGUAUGGCAUAUAUCAGGUGUGGCUUAUGUAUACUGGGUAAGGUGGUGAGAUGAUAUGAGCUUCCUUCAUAACUGCCGACGUAUCGUAAGCAAUUUUUCGAAAGUUUGUGAUAACAGACUGUGAUGACUCGGCUUGUUUUCAAUAUUUUUUUUAUUAGUAACACAAUUUACUGUAAUAGUUUGGCUUGUUUUCAAUAUUUUAUUAUUAGCAAUGAUUUUUGUGCCUAGCGAACUAACCCAGUACGCUUGUCUGGCUCCCUAGCUUCAAGUGCUUGGUUUCACAGCCAUAAUACGGCUGCAUUAGACGCAGGGCAAUUUUUUUUAUACGUUUAAAAUUAAAAAAAAAGUAUGCCUUAUGCACCAGCAAAUACAUCAUAUACUGUAUUUGUAUUUAUAAACCAGAAUCUUAUAUUGGCACAUCACACACAGUUUGCCUGUAAGUGAGUAGUAGUAGGCAUCCUGCAGUCUCGGGAGACUAUGAAGUUGCGCUCGGGUUGUCGAAGCUGAAGUGUCCUCUCCAGGGUGCAAAGCCAGGGUAGGUCGAUAUGGAGGAGAAGCUGUUACCCAUGCAGCAGGUCCCCCCUCUCUCUACGAUGCUGAAAUUGUCCAGUGGAAAGGUAUUGCUGCCCAGCACAUUCAGACACUGGAUGGUGAUGUGUCAGACAUGGUCCUUAUCUUUCUACUAAGGCCUUAGAAGGAUAGCGAGGGACUCAGGAUUUUUUUUUUAGGAUUGGGGAUGGUUACUGGAGGUGCGAGGAAGCAAAUGUCAGCUUAAUGUAUGCAUUAGAAUUUUACAUUUUAUGAUAGGCUUAAAACAACCCUAGUUGUUGUGUGCACAAUCAAUGAAACAACUCUGGUUGCGAGGCACAGUUGCAGGGUUAAUGUUAUAUCAGUGUGAUAGAGGGAUGCCCAAAGAAUUUGAUUUGAGGUAUAGAUAAUGAGGUUGCACUUAGCUGAACUUCAUUCAGCAACUAAACACUUGCUAAGAGAUUAUGCUAAUGCACUUUGCUGUACAAGAUGUCCUUGAUAUAUGAACACCUGUUAUUCAAACACUCGUUCAUCCAAACAUCCCCUCAAGUUUCCCAUCAUGUAUCAAAUCACUAGCCAAACCCGCUGGUGCAUUCCCAGUACAGUAUUACUAGUAAUGCACUAAAAUAUCCACGCGGUAACUACAUAAAGUACUGUACAAAAACAUCUGAAUGGCCCACAAGGAAAGGUGGAGUAUGGUUAAAUCACGCACAAGCUUAUUUUCAAAUUGUCAACACUGUAUAUAUAAUUUGGUUAGGAUGUAUUAGCUUAGAAUAUGCUGUGUUAGGUUCAGUUGGGUUAAAUUUGGUUUUCUUGGGUAAGAUCAGGUUAGGGAAUUUUCAAAAUGUGUUGACAAACCAUCGUGUAUACUUUGUGACUUUCAUCUGUAUUAGACCCAUACUGCCUCAGUCAACAGUUUUCUUGUACCAAGACUUGGCAGUGCUGUGCUUUCUUUGGACUUUACUAAGGAAAAUACCAUUAACAAAGGCUGAUAUGAAGAGGAAGAGUGUUGAUGAUGCACAAGUGCCAAGAAAAACACGACCCGUUACCCUAGAGAUGAAGCAAAACAUUAUUAAAUGUCCUGAGAGGGAUGAAAAAACAACACACUGUAAAUGUUUACGGCAUGAAUUGCUCAACAAUUGGGACCAUCUUAAAAGACAAAACACAAAUUUUAAAGCAUGUAAAGGGUUCUGCACCACUGAAACCAACAACAUUAAGAAAAAGAUCACAUUUAAUUUGUGAUAUUGAAAAGUUGUUAAAAUUGUGGAUUGAGGACUGGAAUUGUUACUGAAACCCAAUCAGCCUGAUGCCCGUACAGGAGAAAGCAAGAAGUCUUUUUGAUGAUUUAUAGAAGAAAUUAGGUGAAACUGUAAGUGAUGAGACAUUUGUGGCCAGUUAUGGGUGGUUUAAUAGAUAUAAGGGUAGGACAGAUUUACACAACGCAAGAGUGAGUGGCAAGGCCACCAACCCAUUACCUAGAUAAAAUGUAGCCAUUGACACUGAAAAUGACAUACCACCCUCUUCAGGUGAUGCAUCGCCACUCGAUGCAACCGAUGCAUUACCAUCUUUUGCGAUCUUCUCCAGCAACUAGAUAUCUUCACUCUUCAAAAACAGCCAACGUUGACAAGUAGGAUAACUUCAUCAUUCAAGGUAAAUAAAAUCAACCUAUGGAGAAUCUCGCUUUGCAUUUUGAACAAAUGUCUUAUGAACACAUUCUUAGAAUGUAACUCAUUUGUUCUAAGGGAACUGCCCGUAUUACAGGCAAAACACAUGGCUUUGGUUCCACACAGGGCUUUACAUAUCACCUAUCCCACCCCUCCACCCCCUCCCCCACUCUAAAAUAACAGUUUCAUUCAUGCUGGGAAAAAUUAAAUUCCAAUCACAGGAAAACUGUUUUAAUGAAACAGCAGAUGUUCCACUAUAGCAUUGUCAGCAACUAUGUGUUCUGUUCAACCAAUAAGUGGAUCAUUAGAACAGUCAAAGAAGUUUUGAUAUGUACAUACUGUAUAUGUUCUCUCUAACAGGAUUAUAGUUGCUGCAAAUUCUGCCGCAAAAUUUGAUACCGCUCCAUUUUGUCUUUUAUGAUUCUAUAUUCAUUGCAACUGCAUCUCAAGCAAAGGUACAUUUUGGAGGGGGAUGGCAAGGGGCAGUGUGGUGGUCACACUACACAAAAUUUCAUCAUAUGUCCUGUCGGUGUUCUUGUAACUUGGAUUUGUUAAAAAUUCAAUCCCUCUUGUCAACUUUUACUCCUCAAUAUGACUGGAUCUUAUCAAACAUCCUCCCCAGGUCACAGUAGGGAAAGGAGACACUAAAUAAUACUCUGUUUAGCCUUGAAUGACCUCCAGAAAGCUCAUUUAUCUAUACUCAUUACCCCUCCCCCAAAUGGUAAAUGGCUUUACAAGAGUAUCACUCUACAGACUGCUAAUUGGCUUACUUGGUUAUUACCCCAGACCACCUACAGUUAUCAGUUCAUGCCUGAUUUUUUAUUUUCUUCCAUUUGUAUGAAACUCCAAUGUACCCUCAGAUACUUGAGACUUCUGCCUCACCAUUUCCAUCCUCCUAGUCAAAGAUGGUGUGAAGGAUGAUAUUACUUGGCAUGAUAUUUUACACCAAUUAAUGCUUCAUGAGAUGCAUGCCAUCUUAAGAAGCUGUAAAGGACCUCAAUUCCAUUUCAAUAUUUCCCAGAUCUGGGUAGGCAGGAUAACAAAUUUCAUUGGAUCAUGGGGACGGGGAUAAUCGAGCUUUAAUAGAAGGCACCAUUGUACACUGGAUAAGGAACAGAGAAUCAGAAGAUGAGUUUCAAGGUGCCCAGAGAUAAUAGCACAAAGUUUCCACUGGACACAAAUGACGAUAGAUAGUCAAACAAAUCGAGCUACAUUCUGGAAAGAUGAGGUCUCAUCUUUCUGCAAUUGGAAGUGAAUGUAUCUGCUUUCCCCGCUCUCUCUCUGGCUGUCUUGGACAUUCUUUCGCUUCUGCCCAGCUCAUGCUCUGGAACCUUCUUGGUAGUUGUUCUGGAUCUUUGCAUUUUUGUUUUUCAGGCUCUCUGGGUUUUUCCUUGGAUUGAGGAUUCUGUUUUCAAGGCUGUAUUUCUCUUGGCUCUAGCUUUGUUUAGUGAACUUCACACUCGUGGCAGAUGCAUGGAUUUUGUUUCUUUGAUUGUAGUAAUAGUUUGUUCAUCUUCAAUCUUUGCCUUCAUUUUUGUAUAAGAAUGUGAUGUGUGCAAUUUGGAGGGGUCUUUUAGUUAUUGAGGCUAGGUUUCUCCAGCAAGGGGUACAACAUAAUUACCAUUACAGUAUUUGAAUCAGUUAUGUUUUUAAGGUAAUGAUCUCUCACAAAUCCUUUUAUGAAUCUCUGAUUACAAAAAAUUUAUUUUAUUUCUUGGAAACUUAGCAGUAGAGCCUAAAAUCAACGCAUAAGAAUUAUUAUGCAGUAGAGCAUUGAACAUUUUGAAUGCUUGAGGCGAAGUGAGUUCUGGAUGUGUGAAUUUUGUGUACAGUAUUUUAAAUACUUUUGUUGUGUUUCUUUUUCAAUUACAUUUUUUGUGGAAUAUUUAACAUGUUUCAUAUUUAAAAUAGUAUUUAUACACGAAAAAGUUUUAGGAAUUUGAAAACUGUGAUCUGUCAAAAUUAUGCGGAUCUAACAGGUAACUGAACAUUUAGUACAUGUAAAAAUCAAAUUCCACUGGUGUACCCAUGGGACUUGAUAUUGGAAUGAACUGGUUAAAAUAUGUUCAGAUGAGACAAAAAGUUCCAUAAUUGUUACUAUUUUUGUUGAGGUUUAUUGAUUGUUAAGAGUCUGUUGUCCUCUUAAUUCAAAUAUUUAUUUGAUUAUGAAGAGCCAUUGAAGUGCUUUAACAAAAUAAUUUUUAUUGAAGCUUCUUAAAUUUUAAUUUGAAAAGAUUUACAAUGCAGAAUGACCUGUCAUAUAAUGUUCUUAGCUUUUAGUAUUGAAUAUAUAUAAUCUUUAGCAAUAUUUCACGGUAGGGUAACUUUAGUAAGGAGCCCCGCUCUCCCCUCCAAAAAAUAUAUGUACUGUAUAUAAAUCUCGUGGAAAUGCCUGUAUGUUUGUUACAGUUCUGGUUGUCUGUGCAAGCAGUCAUACUUUACUGGUAAUACUAAUAAAAAAAUAGUGUUUAAUAAACAUAUCUGGAACUAGUAAAAAAUGCAUCCUAGGGUGCUUAAUUUGAGCUUUAUCUAUAUUUGUAAUUUUAAAGUGAUUACUCUAUUGUCUUCCAAAAAAUCCUGCUUGUUCUUAGAUGUACAUUAGAUGUCUGGUGUUAUGGAAUCAGGAUUUUAGAAUAGGAAGGAAAUAAUAUAGGUAAUGGGGAAGCCUUAAUUGAUUAUGCAAAAGUGAAAGUAAAGAAAAACAAAGUUCUCACCAUUAUGUUGUUAUUACUUGAAUAUAUGAGUGGCAAUACAAUGUUUCUCCCAAAUCUGUGUUAUGGCAAAUGCCAGACUGGCAAUACAGUACUAGAUUCUCUAUAUCUAUGUUGCAGCAGAUAUUGCUAGGAAUACUGUACAAUGCUGUAUUGACUACAUCUGUUAUGGUGUCAGUAUUUACAUGCUGUUCAUCUUAUGUAAACAAGUGUUUGAUAUGUAUAGUGUGCCUUUGAUAGGUCGUAGAAAUAUGAAGCUGUUACAGUAUUUGUAGUUUGAUAAUAUCACUUUUGAGGAGACAUUCUGUAGUUCUAAUAUUUAUACUCUUACAUCUUGCCAAUUACAAAAUACCUACCAUGCACACUCAUUAUUUUAAUAUGCUAUAUUGCUUCAUAUUAUAGCUACAGUAUUUGUUUUAAGGAGUGAGCAAUAAGA